AUGAAGGGGUUAGCAAUGAAGGAUGAACUUUUGAAAAAUGUGCUGAUUACCUUUGUGCUGGGUAAGCUUUUAGAUGAUAUUGUAGGCACCCUAUUAACGAAUAAAUCGGACGAACUUACAUGGGAUUAUAUAUAUAAUACCUGCGAAGGUCUCGAUUGUAGCAACAGAGCAACUUCUAACUCGGCUAUGCUAGAAAGAUCUAACUUUCGAGAAUAUGAAAAUUUGUAA